UAUAGACAAAUUCACUAAGCAAUCAGAGUCCCAAGUGUUGCAGUUGCAGAAGGUCCAACCAUCAAAUUUGGUAAUCAUAUCAGGUGGUAAUACAGAAAACCAGGAAGAGUCUGCCAUGGCUGAUGUUAGUCCCAGGACAGAUAUUUCUACAGAUGCUGAUACUGAUGAAAAGAAUCGGCGAUUUGAUAGAAGUCUCUCCAAUGCUGCUGUUGCUUCUGAUUCCAGUGACAGAUCAAAGGAUAAGUUGGACCAGAAGACUCUCCGCAGGCUUGCUCAGAAUCGGGAGGCUGCGAGAAAAAGCCGGUUGAGAAAGAAAGCUUAUGUCCAGCAGUUAGAAAGUAGUCGGUUGAAGUUGACCCAACUAGAGCAAGAGCUUCAGCGAGCUAGACAGCAGGGAAUCUUCAUAUCAAGCUCAGGCGACCAGGCACAUUCAAUGGGUGGAAAUGGGGCAAUGGCAUUUGAUGUAGAAUAUUCUAGGUGGCUAGAAGAGCAGAAUCGACAAAUUAAUGAACUAAGAGCAGCUGUAAACUCCCAUGCUAGUGAUACAGAACUUCGCAUGAUUAUUGAUGGUAUAUUGGCACAUUAUGAUGAGAUUUUUAAGCUGAAGAGCUCUGCUGCUAAGAAUGAUGUUUUCCAUUUGUUGUCUGGCAUGUGGAAAACACCUGCUGAGAGAUGUUUUCUAUGGCUUGGGGGUUUUCGGUCAUCAGAACUCCUCAAGCUUUUGGUAAAUCAACUGGAACCUCUUACCGAGCAGCAGUUGGUCGGUAUUACAAACCUGCAGCAAUCGUCUCAACAGGCGGAAGAUGCAUUAUCUCAGGGUAUGGAAGCACUGCAGCAGUCUUUAGCUGAAACACUGUCCAGUGGAUCCCUUGGUUCAUCUGGUUCAUCAGGGAAUGUGGCAAAUUACAUGGGUCAAAUGGCUAUGGCCAUGGGUAAGCUAGGAACCCUUGAGGGCUUUAUUAGACAGGCUGACAAUCUGAGGCAGCAGACACUGCAACAAAUGCAUCGAAUAUUGACAACUCGCCAGUCGGCUCGUGCGCUGCUCGCUAUCCAUGAUUACUUCUCUCGGCUGCGUGCUCUCAGUUCUCUCUGGCUGGCUCGCCCAAGAGAUUGAUGGGAUUGCAACCAAGAUAUCCAAAAGUUGCUUUUCAUGGAUGAGGCAGUCCCAAUCAACACUUACAUCAUCAUCAUCAUCAUCAUCAUAGGCAUUUUACUCUUGCUAGAUUUUCUGUCACUUUCUUUAUGUAUUCUAAUGGUUGUGAUCAUAGUUUUAACACCUACAGGUUUUCUUGUGUUGUCUGUGUUUGACUGAUUUUUUGUUUCACAAAAUCAUGUUGUCUAGAAAUGAAAGUGUUAACCACCAUAUGUAUUUGGUUCACUGUUACUAAUAAUAUUGAUAAGAAGCAGUGCGCUUGUAACU